CAAUGUCAUCGUUCAGGAGGUAUCUCGACCGCGCGCAAGACGUUCCUCGUGUGCCCGACUUGUCGGGCUACUACGCCCUUCCCCACGUGCCCGACCCGUCCGUUCACCCGUCGUUCGAGGCUCUGUUCGAAGACACUUGGUCGGUGAGCAAGGGAAAAUAGUCCCUGGUGCCAACCACAGGAUAGAGAGGAACGAUGGUGGUCGUGAGGCGUGGCUAGUCUCAAAACGCGAAUCGAGAAUUUGAUGGACGCGGUCAACCUCUGGCGCCGCUCGGACCCGCUGCUCGUGAGACUCCUACUUCGCCCGGUUGAGGGUGCCACACACGCCGCAGAAAACGAACGCCGUCCCCGCAUCCCGUCAUGGGACGAUUUCAGCACCACUGGCAACAAUUUCUCCGAUGCGCCGAGGGUACCAAGAUCAAGGCCCCUCGACGGCAGCGGCAACGGGGGGUGCCCACCACGGAUGGCGGGUGAGAGCAAACUAGCGCCCUCGCACAGCAACGCGGUGGUCGGAAGGCCCUCGUACGAUAGACCAUACGAAGUUGUUGCUCAAGAACACCAGAGCGAGCGGGAAUCAAGCAAGAACAAGAUUGGCAGUGGUGUUGGUUGUGGACAAGGCAGUGACGGCUUCGUCCUGGGAAGUCCUGAAGCACCAGGGGGGGUCCAGCAGCAACGGCAGCGGCAGCCGCUGCUAAGGUCCGACUCCGACAGGGCUAUCUUGGGGCGCGUUGACUACGGCGCUGUCAAGCACGACCUAUGGAGACUAGCCGAGGAGGUUUACGAGGGGAAGGUCGACCUACGUCGUAAUCCAGGGGUGUCAUCUGCAAGCGGUGUUAACGAGGAUGUCGCCACAGCCGCCAUCAACGCAGCGUUGCUUUUGCAGACCGUUCGUUGGCGUUUCUCUCGCGCUCCGCCCGGAAAGAGUCGACGUGGGGUACUGUAUCACAUCAUCCGGAACGACAUCUUCGACAUACGCUCGACGGAAGCGGGCGGCAAAGGCGGCGGGGGUAGAGGCGUCUCGACACUCCUCGGGGUCCUUCUUCGUCUCGGAGUUCGCCCAUCGCCGCCAUCCCUGCCGUCCGCCGAGAGCCACGAAGCCAAGCAACAGCCGUCACACGAACCGAAGCACACAGCUCAAGCGCCGGAGGAGGCAGGAAACACGGAAGAUGGCGCGAAGCGGGUGUCGUCGGGAACAAAGGAAGAAAACCCGAGGUGGGAAGAGUUCGGCGGGGACCCCGGACGACUGGUGGCCGACUACACGGUCAGGUUGCUGAGCGCGCUCGUUUCCAUGAGCAAAGCUCGUUCCUACAUGCUGGGCGAGAAGUGUGAGGAGACGAUCGAAAUCCUGGCUGAAUUGCUGAGUGGAGAGAACUACCGGGAAACGAGCCUAGCCAAACGACUGCUCGGGGUCUUGGAGCGGCUGUCCAGGCGACGGUCCGCGCAGGAGGCCAUCGCCUCCUCGAGCUUCGUCGAUUGGGCCGCAAAGAUGCUAUUGUCGUGUUCCUCUCAAGGACCGGGGGCCCGAGACCCCUGUCCCCUGUUCGUGCUGCGCGUGACUGGGAUCCUUGGGAAUACUUCUGGGAGCGUUUCGGGAAGGACCGCGGCGUUGGCGGCAAGUCCCGAUUUGCUUAGGUCUUUCGGGAACUUACUCGAGCACGACGACGCCCAAGUGCGAACGAGUGCGGUCCGCGGCCUCAAGCUGCUGCUAGGGGCCCGCGAGGGGAGGGAGAGAGCCCUUGAAAUGGGCAUGGACGCUCUCUUGCAAAACCUUGGAUCGUGCGAAGGGAGCGACAAUAAUGAUUCCGCCUUUGAACACAACAUUCAGUCGCUGCUCGACCUGAUGGGUGACACGCUUGACCCCGACGCGGAAGAAGGAGAAGACGGUCGUCGCCAGUUGUCUGAGUCGGGCGGCGGAGGGCAAGAGGAUGCGGGGGACUCCGACUUCCUGUCCGACGAAGAGUCCGGAGAGGCACCCGUCGUGUCCCACUACGUGCAGGUCACGAAUGCACCGUGUGGAGAGAAACUCCUUCGGGAGCGCUACCGGCUCUCUACGGCGGAGGCGAAAGAGGAAGCCAUCGCCUGCUCUUCGGGCGGCGCGCCAUGGGGAGGGGAAGAGGAGGAGCUCGUUUGCGGCGGGAUUAGAACGAAAGCUCCCGCACGGUGCCCUGGUGCCGGAGAGUCGAAAGGGGCCAACAAUCACACACCGAGAUUGCCGACGCCCGAAGCGGGCACGGCGACGCUCAUUCGCGGGGAGGAAAAAGUGUACGAUAGGCGGCGGCCAGGUCUCCCCGACGAAAUGCAGAGCAGGCCAAGGAUUCCCCGUACACCGGCGGGAUCCAUCUCGGUCUCAGAUCCUUUGUAG